AUGUCUUCCUCGCUUCUCUUUUCUGCUGCUGCAUCGCUACCACAUCCAAUGGACACUCCCAUGCUCUCUGUCGUAACCCAUGCUACAGACCAUUUAUCUUCUGCACUGCCCAGUCCUCUCUCUCCUUUCUUCUCUGACCUCAGGCUUUCAGACGACACACCAUCAGUACAUACCCUUGCCAAUAAUUCACCUUCUGAUGAUAUUCCCAACAAUCCAACUGUUCUCGCAUCGCCGUUCAUUCAUCCUGUCAACCUUUCACAAUGGAACACCAGUUUUUCAUCUGACGGUCUUGAUGCGGAAACUGAUGUCACGAGAAAAGCCAAGAGAAAGAAGAGGUAA